AUGGGCUUCAUCGGAGACCACGACCGUUUCAUGGCUCAAGCAUACGAGAAUCUAAACCCCGGGGGAUGGCUUGAGAUGCAAACAACUGAUCCAACACUUUUCUCCGUUGACGGAGGUAUGGAGAGGGCCAAAAUACUACCCAGCUACAUUGCGAAUCUGCAUAGAGCUAGUGCCAUGUUCGGUAAAUCCAUGACCGAAGUCGACACCUGGCCUAGCAGGAUGCUUCCAAUUGGUACUUGGCCAAAGGACCCUAAGCUGAAGGAGAUAGGCAAGUUCCAGCAAGUGCAGGUUACACAGGCUGUCGGCGCAUAUACCCCUGCCCUAUAUACCCGUGUGCUGAAAUGGACUCGGGAAGAGGUCAACGAUCUUUGUGCCAAGGUUCGAGCCGAACUUCAGGAUCGAUCCCUGCAUCUUUAUUUAAAAGUGCAUAUUGUUAUAGGAAGGAAACCGUGA